GGUCCGCGGGAGGCUCCGAGAGCCAGGCGGACGCUCUUCGCGACUCCUCCCAGGCGGCGGCGGCGGCGGCUCGGAGCGGGCUCCGAGGCUGGAGCGCAGCGGCCAGCGGGCGCCGGGCGGCGAGGAUUAUCCGGGGAAGCGUUGCCUCCUGGCUGGAGCCUCGGAGAGGGGCUCCCGGGGUGCAGGGCAGAAGCGCAAAAAGACGGCUCAGGCGGCCGGGUCGUCGGACGCAGAGAGCGCGAGGUCCGGGCGAGCAGGCCGCGUCGCGCUCACCAUGGUCAGCUGCUGGGACACCGGCGUCCUGCUGUGCGCGCUGCUGGGCUGCCUGCUUCUCCCAGGACCUAGUUCAGGUUCAAGAUUCAAAAGUCCUGAGCUGAAUUUAAAAGGCACCCAGCACGUCUUGCAAGCAGGGCAGACACUGUUUCUCAAAUGCAGGAGUGAAGCACCCCAUUCAUGGUCUUUUCCUAAAACUGUGAGUAAGGAAAACAAACGGCUGACCAUAACUAAAUCUGCCUGUGGAAGGAACAGCAAACAAUUCUGCAGUACUCUGACUUUGAAUUCAGCUCAGGCAAACCACACUGGCUUCUACAGGUGCAAAUAUCUGCCUGACUCUACUUCAAAUAAGAAGCAAACCGAAUCUGCGAUCUAUAUAUUUAUUAGUGAUACAGAUAGACCUUUCAUAGAGAGGCACAUUGAAAUACCUGAGAUUAUAUAUAUGACGGAAGGAAAGGAGCUCAUCAUUCCUUGCCGGGUUUCAUCACCUAACAUCACUGUUACUCUUAAAAAGUUUCCAUUUGAUACUCUGGUCCCUGAUGGAAAAGGAAUAACUUGGGACAGUAGGAAGGGUUUCAUAAUAUCCAAUGCAACAUAUAGAGAAAUAGGGCUUCUGACCUGUGAAACAACAAUCAACGAACAUUUGUAUACUACAAACUAUCUCACACAUCGGCAAACCAAUACAAUCAUACAUGUCCAAAUGAGCCCAGCAAACCGAGUGCAACUACUCAGAGAUCACACUCUUACUCUGAACUGUACAGCCACGACUGCCUUGAACACAAGAGUGCAGAUGACCUGGAGUUACCCUGGUAAAGUAACUAGGAGAGCUUCUAUAAGGCAACGUAUUGACAAAAGCCAUCCCGAAAUCAAUGUGUUCUACAGUAUUCUUACGAUUGACAAAGUGCAGAAAAAUGACAAGGGACUUUAUGCUUGUUGGGUGAGGAGUGGACCAUCGUACAAAUCUGUUAAUACCUCAGUCCAUGUAUAUGAAAAGGCAUUCAUCAAUGUGAAACAUCGGAAGAGACAUGUGUACGAGACCACAGCUGGCAAACGGUCCUACCAGCUCUCCAUGAGAGUGAAGGCCUUUCCUUCGCCAGAAGUUGUAUGGCUGAAAGAUGGGUCACCUGCAACAAAGAAGUCUGCUCGUUAUUUGGCUCAUGGCUAUUCAUUAAUUAUCAAAGAUGUAACUGCAGAGGAUGCGGGGAAUUAUACAAUCCUGCUGGGCAUAAAGCCAUUAAAUGUGUUUAAAAACCUCACUGCCACUCUAACUGUAAAUGUGAAACCCCAGAUUUAUGAAAAGGCUGUGUCGUCAUUCCCAGAACCAACUCUCUACCCAUUGGGCAGCAGGCAAGUCCUGACCUGUACCGUCUAUGGAAUCCCUCAACCUACAGUGCGGUGGUUCUGGCAUCCCUGUAACCAUAAUCAUUCCAGAGCAAGGUAUGACUUUUGUUCCAAAAAUGAAGAGUUCUUUAUCCUGGAUCCUAAUAGCAACGUAGGCAACAGAAUUGAGAGCAUCACUCAGCGCAUGGCAGCAACAGAAGGAAAGAAUAAGACGGCAAGUACUUUGGUUGUGGCUGAGUCUAGAAUUUCUGGAAUCUACAGUUGUAUGGCUUCCAAUAAAAUAGGAACUGUGAAGAGAAACAUAACUUUUUAUGUUACAGAUGUGCCAAAUGGGUUUCAUGUUAGCUUGGAGAAAAUGCCUACAGAAGGAGAGGACCUGAAACUGUCUUGCACAGUUAACAAAUUCUUAUACAGAGACAUUACUUGGAUUUUGCUGCGGACAGUUAAUAACAGAACAAUGCAUCACAGUAUCAGCAAGCAAAAAAUGGCCACCACUCACGAGUACUCCAUUACUCUUAACCUUAUCAUCAAGAACGUAUCUCUGGAAGAUUCGGGCAUCUAUGCCUGCAGAGCCAGGAACGUAUACACAGGGGAAGAAAUCCUUCAGAAGACAGAAGUUAUAAUUAGAGAUCAGGAAGCACCACGCCUCCUGCAAAACCUCAGUGAUCACACGGUGGCCAUCGGCGGCUCUACUACUUUAGACUGUCAUGCUAGCGGUGUUCCAGAACCUCAGAUAACUUGGUUUAAAAACAACCACAAAAUACAACAAGAACCCGGAAUUAUUUUAGGACCAGGAAACAGCACACUGUUUAUUGAAAGAGUCACAGAAGAGGAUGAAGGUGUCUAUCAGUGCAAAGCCACCAACCAGAAGGGGGCCAUGGAAAGUUCAGCAUACCUCACUGUGCAAGGAACCUCAGACAAGUCUAAUCUGGAGCUGAUCACUCUGACCUGCACCUGUGUGGCCGCGACCCUCUUCUGGCUCCUGUUAACUCUCUUUAUCCGAAAACUGAAAAGGUCUUCUUCAGAAAUAAAGACUGAUUACCUAUCGAUUAUAAUGGACCCUGAUGAAGUUCCCCUUGAUGAGCAGUGUGAGAGGCUCCCCUAUGAUGCCAGCAAAUGGGAGUUUGCUCGGGAGAGACUCAAACUGGGCAAAUCACUGGGAAGAGGGGCUUUUGGAAAAGUGGUUCAAGCAUCCGCAUUUGGCAUUAAGAAGUCACCCACUUGCCGGACUGUGGCUGUGAAAAUGCUGAAAGAGGGAGCUACAGCCAGUGAGUACAAAGCUCUGAUGACUGAGCUCAAGAUCUUGACCCACAUUGGACACCAUCUGAAUGUGGUUAAUCUGCUGGGAGCCUGCACCAAGCAAGGAGGGCCUCUGAUGGUGAUUGUUGAAUACUGCAAAUAUGGGAAUCUCUCCAACUACCUCAAGAGCAAGCGUGACUUAUUCUUUCUCAAUAAGGAUGCAGCAUUACACACGGAGCCUAAGAAAGAAACACCCGAGCCAGGCCUGGAACAGGACGAAAAACCCAGGCUAGACAGUGUCACCAGCAGUGAGAGCUUCGCAAGCUCCGGGUUCCAGGAAGAUAAAAGUCUGAGUGAUGCGGAGGAAGAGGAGGAUUCUGAUGAUUUCUACAAGCAGCCCAUCACCAUGGAAGAUCUAAUUUCUUACAGUUUUCAAGUGGCCAGAGGCAUGGAGUUUUUGUCUUCCAGGAAGUGCAUUCACCGAGACCUGGCAGCGCGAAACAUCCUUUUAUCUGAGAACAAUGUGGUGAAGAUUUGUGAUUUUGGCCUGGCCCGGGAUAUUUAUAAGAACCCUGAUUAUGUGAGAAAAGGAGAUACUCGACUUCCUCUGAAAUGGAUGGCUCCUGAAUCCAUCUUUGACAAAAUGUACAGCACGAAGAGUGAUGUGUGGUCCUUUGGAGUGUUGCUGUGGGAAAUCUUCUCCCUAGGCGGGUCUCCAUACCCAGGAGUGCAAAUGGAUGAGGACUUCUGCAGUCGUCUGAAGGAAGGCAUGAGGAUGAAAGCCCCUGAGUAUGCAACCCCUGAAAUCUAUCAGAUCAUGUUGGACUGCUGGCACAAAGACCCCAAAGAAAGGCCACGAUUUGCAGAACUUGUGGAAAAACUAGGCGAUUUGCUUCAGGCCAAUGUACAACAGGAUGGUAAAGACUAUAUCCCACUGAAUACCAUACUGACAGGAAAUAAUGGGUUUACAUACUCAACUCCUGCCUUUUCUGAGGACUUUUUCAAGGAUGGUAUUUCAGCUUCAAAGUUUAAUUCAGGAAGCUCUGAUGAUGUCAGAUACGUAAAUGCUUUCAAAUUCAUGAGCCUGGAAAGAAUCAAAACCUUUGAAGAACUUUCACCAAAUACCACCUCCAUGUUCGAUGAUUAUCAGUUGGACGGCAGCACUCUGUUGGCCUCCCCCUUGCUGAAGCGCUUCACCUGGACUGCGAGCAAACCCAAGUCCUCGCUCAAGAUUGACUUGCGUGUAACCAGUAAAAGUAAGGAGUCGGGGCUUUCUGACACCAUCAGGCCCAGUUUCUGCUUUUCCAGCUGUGGCCACAUCAAAUCUGUGCAUGACAACUUGGAGCUGGGACAGGAGGAUUUGUGUUGCUCUCCACCCCCAGACUAUAACUCGGUGGUCUUAUACUCCACCCCGCCUGCCUAAGGGUCAACACAAGCCUUAUUUCCAGAAGUACACGUGUAUUUACAUCCCCAGAAAACUCACUUUGACAGUAUUAUGCAUAUAUGAGUUUACACCUUUAUCUUUGCAGGGAGCAGAGGCAGCUGCUUUUUGUGACUUAAUUUUAAUACAGCUUUUUUUUUUUUUUGACUAACAAGAAUGUAAUCCCAGAUAGAGAAAUAGUGACAAGUGAAGAACACUACUGCUCAAUUCUCAUCUUACUCACUGUAUUAGAGAAACCCUUUGUAAGCCCAAAUGACUUACCUGCUCCAGCCCCAGAGGCCUCUGAGCACACAGGUCAGGAGAGCUCAAGAGAUCAGCUGGUCAUGCCCAGGAGCCCUGGAACUGGGGAAACAAGAGAUCCCUUUAGCUUGAGGGAUCAUGUGCUGGCCUAGGCAGUGUUUCUGCACUCCUCCAGCCAGCAUAAGACAUCCAAGGAGGACAGCAAGAAAGGAGAGAGAAAACCAGAUGGCCUGAGGAAGACUGAGAUGCCUCAUGUGGGUUGGGCUGGGGGAGGGCUCUCUGCAAUACCAUGGCUAGUUUCCCAGCCCUGACCACUGGGGUUUCAAGCUCCCAACUGGAAGCAGACAGGGUAAAGAGGAGAGGACAUUUCCUGAAAUCUGGUAGGUAAGGAAAGGACAAACACAUUUGGAACCAAAGCAAAUCCUGUAAGUUUCCCUGUGGGAUUGGUUCUGUACCGUUCCUGCACAUGGCGUGCUUCAACUACACUGAGGGUGGUACUCACCUCUCAGCCCGCAGUGUUGCCUCCUCCAGAAAGACAGUGGAAACUUAUCUCGAGCUGGGUUGGCUAUGGGCAUGAAGGCCUGACACUUAGCACGUUGCUCAUAAGCAGCUAAGAUCUGUUGGUCGGUUAGGGCUGUCUACUAUUGGGCUUAAAGUCACAUUUUUUUAAAAUGUCAGAUUCUGUAUUAAGUAUUAAUGUAUAGAUAAGACACUUAAUUUUUUGUAUUAUCCUGUUUUGUACAGUUGUCUAUGAAAGGAAGCCAAAGAGAGUGAAAAUGCAGUCUUGUAGAGAGCUUUUUCCUGUACCAAGAUGAGGAUCGAUGGAACAAAACCCAAUAAGGCAGAGUGAAGAUUCCACUGCAUAGCCAAACCAACUUACCCAAAGAGUUGGGACCUGAAACAGAGGAAGUCAGUCAUAUUUCCUUUUUAUUUAAUGGGGAUUCCAAUGUUUCAUGCUAAUCUGGAAGAGCACUAGUAUCUAUUAAGCACUUUAUGGUCCUUGAUUUUAAAAAAAUAAAAAGGUGGUAUGUAACAUACGAAAGGUAUUUCUACAACUGGGGACUCAAGAUAUUAGUUAUGAGCCAUCAGAACAAGAACCUAUUUUCAUCUGCUUUGGAUCUUGCCUUGGGUCUGAGGAUUAUCAGACUAGGGAGACAGGGUAGAAAAGGGUGCCUACACUUCAGCCUCUGUUGGAUGCUAUCUCUGCAAGUUCUGGUCUGUGUAUUUAGGACAUACAGACUUGCUGAAGCCAGUCCAAAGCAGACAGGCAACAGUGAACUGGUGCUUCUGGGAAAGAAGAGCAUCCUCCCUCUUAUGCAUGCCACUUAAUUCUGGAACCCUAACUCUAUAUGCAAGAAGAAUGUAUUCUUCCUUUCCUAUGUGCUACAUUUUUCUUUAAGGUUCUUUGUAUGAAGAGAUGGGAGAGUCAGCAGCUUGCCCAGCGAGACAGUGGGCACUACAUGGUGUCUCUUGGGGACUCACCAGCCAGAACAGAGAAGCGAGGCAGGCCUCUCCACCAAGCACUAAAUCCAAACAAAACCUGGGUAGGGCCAGAAGAGCAAAAACAAAACAAAACAAAACAAAAUUUUGCUCUUUUUCUUUCCAUGCAUAAAAGUUCCUGUGACAAGUGGCAAUAGUAUAAAUCAGGUAACUAGCCAUAAGUUAAACAGGAAAUAAGAGGGCCCCAAUUAAUUCUCUACUUUUUGUUUUCAAAUCAGGGAAGGAUCCAGCAAUCAGUGACAAAAGGAAACUCUCAGCUACCUACAUUUUAAUAAUCUAAUAUUAAAAUCUAAUUCUUAAGUGACCUUAGUAAAUACCCUUUUCCAAAAGGGGGGAAAAUCUAUUCAAAUUCUGUUACUCAGCUUAAUACUCAGGCUUAUAGCCUACAUAAGACCAUUUGUAAAAAAAAAAAAGGUUCGAUUGGAAUGGAAGCUUGUAGUAAUGAAUAUAUUUAAUUGCAGAGGCAUUAAAAUAGCACUGAAAAUUAAAACACUGAUGAUAAUAUUAGAACCACUUUCCAUUUAUGAGAAGAAUGGUUGUCGCUAACAGAACAGGCACUUCCUUCUGGGGUUUGUGAGAUAAUCUACCUGUAACUGUGUGGAAGGUCUGGGACUGAAGCAUUAUCACAAAUCUGUAUGUAGUUAGCUCAAGAAAUGAUGCUCAGAGAUUAGUUUUGGCCAAGGGGACAAAUGUGUCCAAAUCCUGAAAAAUACUGCUCAUAUAUCUGAGUUAUGCCGUAUUUCCUAGCCCAUAAGAAUGCCAAACAUGCAACAGAUUCUUGCCGGCCCCAUUUAAAUUGAUUAAAGGAGUGCAUCUUUAACUGACAGUGUUAGGAACUACAUGUAUAUGUGUAUGUGUUUGUGUGUGUUUUGUGCAUAACUAUUUAAGGAACUGGAAUUUUAAAGUUACUUUUAUAUAAAUCAAGAAUAUAUGCUACAGAGAUAAGUAAGACAUGAUUUGGUCAGACACUUGUAGUCAUGAUGAAUGUAUUUUGUAUACUAUCUUCAUAUAUUAAAAUUAACUUCCAAAACCA